UGCUACUUUCCUCGUAGCUGGCCGAGCCAUUUAUCUGGUCGGACACUCCAAAAAAAUGCCUUCUAUGACCUGUUCGUGAACAUGUAGCUAAAUAGAUCAGUCAUGUUAAAUUGGAGGACGCUACAUAGGAACAAAGCCUUCCAGUAUGGAGUUCCCAUGCUUCUGCUGAUUGUUGGUGGCUCCUUUGGCCUUCGUGAGUUUACACAAAUCCGUUAUGAGGAACAGAAGAUCAGAAGAAGGCUGGAUCCUUCACUGGUGGCUAAAGUGGAUGUCAAGAAGCAGUCAGUCAUGCUGGAAGAGGAGUAUGAG